UCGCUUCCGCCAGAAGACGAAGUAAAGGUGGCUGAGAUAUUUCAGAGGCGCGGUAUCAUCAGUAAAGGUGUUCGCGAACAGGUUAGCGACAAAGACCUCAGGCGGCUACACCCAGGUCAAUGGCUCAACGAUGAGAUCAUCAACUUCUACGGGGAGAUGAUCAUGUGCCGCGCGGAGGAGAGUAAAGAGAAUCGGGGAGAGGGUCUGCUAAAUGUGCAUUACUUCAGCACGUUCUUCUGGACCAAGCUUAAGGAGGGAUACGAGGAGAGCAGGCUGGCGAGAUGGACAAAACAGAUCACUCUGUUUUCAAAGGAUAUUAUCCUCAUUCCCAUCAACCACAAUGGCUCACACUGGACGGCCGCGGCGAUCAACUUCCGGAAGAAGCGGAUUGAGAGCUACGACAGCUUGAAUAGGGACCAAACGCAGGUAUUCAAGCUCCUACGUGUGUAUCUCAAUGCCAAGCACCAGACCAAAAAACGAAAGCCGUUCAAUUUCAAUGGUUGGGUUAAUUGGACGCCCGAAAACACGCCGCAGCAAGAGAAUAUCUCGGACUGCGGCAUCUUCGCUUGUCAGUUCCUCGAGACUUUGUCGCGCGGCGAGGAAAGGUUUGCCUUCACUCAGGCGAACAUGCACUACCUCCGGAGACGGAUGGUCUGGGAGAUUGCACAUGCCAAGCUUUGGACAGACACAUAG